GGCAGUCGAGUUGCCCAUGGCUGCCUUUGAUGCAUCGACUGCUGCGUUGGUAGUGCUGCCGAGGCCAGUGGCCGCCGUCGAUGUAGCACCGGGAGUGCCAGAGGUAGUGGUGGUACCCGCAGGUGCAGCUGUGGACGUGGACGCCGGCGCAGAGGUUGCUGCUCCGCUGAACAGAGUAGACGGCGCAGUGGCAGAUGUCGUUGCUGGUGUGGUCGACGUGGCUGGCUUGGCGCCGAACAAACUUGGCGCGGCAGCCGUGCUGGUAGGAGCACUGGUAGCGGGUGCAGAUGAAGCUGCAGCCGCAGGCGUGGUAGCUGAGAACAGGGAGGGCUUUGAGGCUGGGGCAGAGCUACCGCUGGCCGGGGUGGAGCCCAGUGUAGGAAACAGAGUUGAGGAGGACGGGGCCGUGCUCGCCGCCGUGCUGGUGGCCGGCGCCAUCGUCGCAGCGGGCUUAGUACCAAAGAGGGGUGGUGUGCUUGUACUGGCUGUUGGCUCUGCAGGCUUGGCAGCCGAUGCGGUGCCGCCGAAGAGAUUUGAACUGGACGAAGUACCACCGGUGGAAGCUCCGAACAGGCUGCCGGCAGGCUUCUGAGCUGCUGCUGAGGCCGAUGCAGAAGCACCGCCAAAGAGGUUUGACGCCGAGCCGCCUGCGGCAGGCUGCGAGGAUGGGGUCGUGUUCGAUCCAGCACCAAAAAGACCGGUGCUCGGCUUGUCUGUCCCUCCGAACAGGGACUUGGAAGCAGGCGCCUGCGAAGUCUGACCGGGUGCUGGCGCU